AUGGAGCAGCUGGAACGGGUGAAGGAUCAGCUGCCCAUCGACCUGGCCGAGGCCAGGCGGAAGUGGCCGCACAUGGAUCACGUCGAGCCGGAGAAGCUGCUGUGGAUGACGCAACUGCCGGCGCCGAAGGUGGAGCACGGCCAGACCGGCUUUGUCGCCCGCUUCGACUUCGAAGGCGCACUGCUGCCGUUCGCCGCCGCGCCGCCGGCACACAGCGCGCUCUACCACCACGGCCAGGAGCCGGGCCGCGCCGGCUACACGGUGGACGAGCUGUUCCGGCUGAUACGCUCGGCCGCGCAGCAGCAGCGCGUGCUCGGCCUCCAGACGCUGGCCAACGUACUGCGCAAGGUAGCGGGCGACGGCCAAGUGGGCGUGUACGACGGCGUGCUGGAGCCGCCGCUGCUGGGGGACGACCUCUUCCUGGACGAGGCCGUGCAGCGCGCCCUCCGGCUGGCGCUGGGUCACGUGCUGCGCCAGCCGGCGCGACUCGACCUCACAGCAGAGGUGCCCGGCCUGGCCAGCUUCGCCGACCUGUACGGCCAGCUGCUGGACCAGUUCGAGGCCGUCUCGUAUGGCGACGCGCUGUUCGGCGCCGUGGUGAUGGUGCCGCUCGAGCCGCGCCACCCGUCUGAGCUGCGCCGACUCGUCUGGAGCGAGCGGCCGCACGCGCUGCGGGCCCUCACCACCCGACCCGACCAGAUGCUGGUGCCACUGGAGCAGUUCGUCGCGUCGCCGGAGCCGGACCAGGUCGUGCGGACGGCGUACCGACGGGCGCUCGACUCGGGCCAGGUCACGGCCGCCCGCAACCCGGCCCUGUUCCGGAUCGCCUCGGCCCUCUCUGGUGCCGCGUGACCCAGGCGGUCCCCUCUGGCGCCGCGUGACCCAGGCGGUCCCCUCUGGCGUCGCGCGACCCCAGCGGCCCUGUGGUACUGCGUGAUCCUACGGCCCUCUGGCGCCGCGUGAGCCCGACGGCCCUCUGGCGCCGCGUGAUCCUACGGCCCUCUGGCGCCGCGUGAGCCCGACGACCCUCUGGCGCCGCGUGAGCCCGACGGCCCUCUGGCGCCGCGUCAUCCCAGCGACCCUCUCUGGCGUCCUGUGACCCCAGCGGCUCGGGCUGGCUUCGGUAGAGUGGAAGCGUCGGGUAGUAUGCCACGUGGCGGUCGCGAAAGUACCUGGGUGUGGUGGAUGGAACACGUCGCCGUUUUUAACUGGCUGAAGAAGAAUAUGCGAACAUGUCAGGCUUUGAUGAUCGCCAUAAACACGACUUUUCAGUCUUGCGGA